AUGCUGUCGGCUGAAGAUGUUGAAAAGAUUUUGGAAGAAACGCAAGAGGCUGCUGAAUAUCAACAGGAGAUCACCAAUUUGCUGAGUGGUAAGCUGAGUGAGAAUGAUUUGGAAGAGGUUGAACUGGAGCUCGAAUCGAUUAUUGAGCAAGAAUUAUCGAAGGAACUAGAUCAUCUCCCUGAGGUGCCUUCUGAAGAACCCGUUGCUGCUGACGAUAAGGAACAACUGAAAGAUGAUGCUGUUGCAAACAAUAAACAACAGAAAAUGCGGAGCGAUCGUGCCGAAAAAGUUAUGGUCGAGGCGAGUUAA